ACUAUGUGAGCACUCCUUUUUAUAGCAUUAAUGUUUUCAUGUGGUAUGAAAGUCUUGGUGGAUGCAAGGAAUAAGCUGAGCAUUCCCUGGGAAAACACUGAAAAUGAAAAGCACGGAAUGUUCGUCAUGGCAUUUGAAAACAAAUGUGGCAUGCCAGUGGAGCCAGCCACAUUUCAAUUAUAUGUGCCAGCACUGAGAGCACUCUGGCAAGAUUCAGGAAUCCAGGAAGCAUACAACAGAAGACGAGAGUUUCAACUGGGUGAAUCUGUGAAAUAUUUUCUGGAUAAUCUUGACCAGAUUGGACAAUUGAGUUACCUUCCCAGCAGGCAUGAUGUCCUACUUGCUAGAAAAGCCACCAAAGGAAUUGUGGAGCAUGAUUUUGUCAUAAAAGGAAUUCCUUUCAAAAUGGUAGAUGUGGGUGGUCAACGGUCACAGAGGCAGAAAUGGUUUCAAUGCUUCGAUGGCAUUACCUCCAUUCUAUUCAUGGUUUCCUCAAGUGAAUAUGACCAAGUCUUGAUGGAAGACCGGCGGACAAACCGUUUGGUAGAAUCAAUGAACAUCUUCGAGACCAUUGUAAACAACAAAUUAUUUUCCUCUGUCUCCAUUAUUUUGUUUCUGAACAAAAUGGACUUGCUUGUGGGGAAGGUGAAAACAGUCAGUAUUAAGAAAUAUUUCCCAAAUUUUGAGUGGGACCCUCAUAAUCUAGAGGAUGUACAAAAAUACUUGGUUCAGUGCUUUAACAACAAGCGACGAGAUCGCACCAAACCAUUGUUCCACCACUUUACAACAGCCAUAGACACUGAAAACAUUAGAUUUGUAUUCCACGCAGUGAAAGACACUAUUCUGCAAGAGAAUUUGAAAGAUGUAAUGUUGCAGUGAAGAGAUCAUCAUUGAACUUUGCUCUUUGGUAUUUCCUCUGCCAUCAGCACCAUGUCCAAGGACUCAGUGGCUGACAGUUGUGGAUUUAAUAGGCAUCUCUGACUACAUGAAAGCUUGAUGCUUGACAGCAUCUUAUUGGAAGUGCUUAUAAGUGUCCUUUUUCACUUCAAUACAAGUGCUCCAACCUUAGAAGCAUUGUGAAUAAUCUUUUUAGACAUUUGUUGCACUAAAGGGCUCUUAUCUGAUUGUGUUGUUUGAUAAAAUUUGGUAACUGAACAAUUUACUUCAAUCGAUUAAGUUCCUUUAACGAAAAUUGCAUGCAAUUCAAAAAAUGCUUGCAUGAAACUCUGCAUCGAUUAAAAUUUCAGGGAAAUUUAUUAUCCAAGCUACUCUACGGACUUUAGCCCUCAUCAGCAUUCAGGUAUUUACUACUGCCUAAUGCAAACUGGAUCUGAAGUCCAAAAUCUCUCUGAGCAGUGAGAAGUGGAUAGCAUGCCCAGAAAUGCUGAUCCUCUGUUGCUAUAUACCUUUUUGGGAAGAAUGUUGCAAACAGCUAUCAAAUAGCAAACAGCUAUCAACAAUUAUAACACAAUUAACAUACUGUUAAUUUGCUGAACAUUCGGGACUACAAUGUAAAGCAGCUGACUUCACAGUUGGCUUUUGUAAACAUUUUUACAGUUAAGUAUGACAUGCAAGAUUUAAUGGGUACAACCUGGAGUUCUGCUUUAUUGUGAAUGUGCUUGUUACUUCAAGCUAUGGUUUUCAUGAAGUCCCUUCACAGUGGUAUCUGACUUGUAUGUAGAGCAUCCAUAGAAUGUAUUACAGGUGUGAGUUGUUGUUUAAGUUUGAUAAAGAGUUGGAAAUGUCUAUUGGCUGGGGUGCUGAUCAAAACUCAGUUUUAAACCUGAAAACAGGUCACAAUCACACUAGCCAUUGGCUUGUAGCAUAUGAACUUUAUUUUAGAAAUAUAUUAUCAGAUAAUGAUUCAAAACUAAUUCAUAAUCAAAAUCAACUGUGCACUCUUUUGUAGAAUAGGAGAUUUUUGGAACUGGGUUACAGUUAUGGAAAUGCUCUUUUGAAGUGAGUGGCUGCUACCAACAAGCAUACAGGAGGAGUCUUGAAAACAGGAGUAUCUGACACCGAUGCGAGCUGAAUUUUUCAUAGCACCAACUGUAGUGUAAUGGUGGAUUUUUGACCCAUAUUGAUCAGAUGUGACCUAGAAAACUCUUAACAUGUUACCAUUGUCUGGGGAAUCUGAACUUCCAGCUAAUCUUUUCUUAAUUACACAAAAUGGCAUUUUUUGUUUCUAAGCCUCCAGGUACUUUAUCGAGUUUAAUUGAAUAUCUUAUGUAGCAUACUAAAUGGAUAAAUGCAACAGGUUCAAACUGGUAAUGAAAAAAAGAGUUUUGAUUUGCCUGUAAUUUUAAGCACUUUUUUUGUUUAAAUUUGCUUUGGCACUAUUGAAUUUGUCUUGUUAAUCUUUAAGUUGUUCGAUGUGAUUUCAUUUUCACAUUUUUCUAUCACCUAAAUUUUGAAUUUGCUGACCACUUUAGCAACACUUGAUUGUGGAAUACCACAUUUGAAUAAAUUAGCAUUUAGAAUUUAACAAAUGGUAUAAACUGUACAAUAAGAAAGGUCUUCAACAAUAAAGUGGCAGCAACACUUUGUCUCAUAGUUAAUAAUGUUGCAUUUUAAUAUGUGUGGUUUAAACUUUGACACAAGGAGAGUAGAAAUGACGAGUUUAAAUAGUUGUCUAACCUGAGCAGCCUAUUUUCAACCAAGACUAAAUUUAUUUGGAGUAACCAUGAAAGACAUUUUUAUUUUAAAUGGUAAUUCAUGACAAAGAUAUAUAUGUUAAAACUACUUGAAAGGAAUGGCUUAACAUUGGCAUUCUAGGUAUCAUAAGAAAUAUUGCUAUUUUCUUAAAGCAAAUUUCCCCAAUCAUUUUCAAGAAAUUUCCAGUCUGUUUCAGCUGUGGUAUUCAUCUGAAAAUGACAAAUAUGUAAACCCACAAGAUAUGACUUAAGUGCAAUUUGUUUGUGCACUCUUCGUCAGCUGCACAUACAUAAGUGUCUAUACUCUUAACCAUAACGAUAAAAGUAAUUUCACAGGUAGUAAAUCAUUUAAAAUUAACAAGAAAGAUAUUUGCAGUUUUUGCUUUUGAACAGUUUUUUUGUGAUGUUUACCUGGAAAAUGUAUUAAUUCCUCUCUUCCUCCUUCUGCCUCCUCCCCCACCCACAUUUCUUCUCGAGUUAACAUUAUAAAAUUGAAAUUCCUUGGGAAAUCUAAUCAAAAUCAAACUCAAGCCCAGAUUAGAGAGUCAAAUCUGACAAGAGGGUCCUCUGCUGACAACUUGUCUUUUAAUCUGUUAGUGUUUCCCAUAUGUGAAUUAUGUUCAUGAAAUAUAACUUAAGUCAGAUUAUUCAGUGUAUGGCAUCAGAUACUCUUCACUAAUAACUACUUGAAAAAAGAGCUUGCUCAAAUGUUUUUCUUCUGUACUGUUUCAAUGUUUAAGAACCAGGGAAGUGUGAUGCAGUUUCAAACAAGCAGGAAUGAAUUUAAACAGAAUCAGAUGUUUGUACAUUUGUGUUCAGAGUUUGUCUAAUUGUGUUUUGUGCAAAGUGCACUUAACCAUCUUUUUAGCACUUAGAAGGAUCAUUCUCCAAGUAUGUUUUACUCUAAUAUCUAUAGGAAUUUAUUUUGUUAUUUUCCAUUCAUUCUUUCUACCUCCCCUCCUCCUCUUCCUGCCAAAUUCUGGACAAUUAAAAUAGUGAAGAGUUGAACAAUCUGUAAUAGUCUCCAAUUUUUAUACAGUAUAGUACAAGUUGUUUGGCACAUCCAGAUUUAUUAGCUGCGGAAUAUGCUUACAGAGGGGCUUUAUUUGGUUGUGUCUUCAUUGGACUCAUUAUUGUUAGUUUUAUGAGAAGGAAAUUUGGGGCUUAGAGACACUCAUUAAAUGGCAUUUUCUGUUUUAGGAAAGAUCUAUGGGCUAACAAAUAUUUGGCCAGUAUCUAAUGCUGAAUACUUUUGCCAUGUACUAGCUUUUUCUGUUGCCUUCUCUGGUAUGUUGUGAACUCCUUUCAUUGUUGACGUAACACUAAUGUUUCAUUCUUGGUCAGCUCUGACUUAUCUGAUGCAGACUGUUUUGUGUUAUAAUAGUUUAUUCUCCCAGCUUUCUGUUUUUGUUUUGCAAAGUUAAGUGCUUUAGGUGGAGAAAGAGUAAAGAUAAAAUAAAUGAGAGAAGGACCUUUCAAGUCCACUUAACUUCAGUUGAUAGUGGUUAGUGUUGAGCCAAAUUAUAUAAUUUCUAUGGGAUUCUUCUGAUCUCCUGCCAUUAAAUCAAUGGAAACCUUGUAGAUUCUGCAUAAAAGACACUUUACAGGAUUCUAUGACUGAAGUUAGUGGGUUAUCAAGAAACAUCUACUUCAUAGUUUCAGAGCAUAAAGUAAAAUUCAUGAAGUUGCAUAAACUAUUUCUGCAUAAUACUUAAGAACUGCCAAGCAGCAGAUUCCAAUUACAGAUAGUUUUACUAGCACAAAUGGCUGAAUGUAGUUGAAACCUUCUUGCUUCAUUGUGCAUUCAUUCCACUCUUCUUCAUUUUGCUGGGUUCAUUUUCUGUUUUCCAUGCUAUUGAUGAAAUUUGAAUACAUUCCACUUUGGAAAAUCAACUUAUCAUUUUGCAGACACAUUGCAAUGUUUCUUGUCCAGUAUGAUCCAACACUUCUCUUUCAAUUAACCUCACAUUCUGUCAUCUCUUGUUGGUCUAAGUUUAGGGAAAAUGUUUGAAGUUAUUCUGGAAUAAUAUUUGUUAUGAAUUAUAUUGUCUCAUUAAUUCAGUUAACUGAACUGAGAUUUAAAAUAAAAAUGCCACUAGGAUUUGUGUCCAAAUACAGUCAGAGAUGGGUUUUUAACCACUAAGUUUGCUCCCUCAGGAAUUACAUUGAAACUCCGAUAAUGUUUUACAAAUCUGUCAGAGUUGUACAGCAUGGACCUUUUAAUCGUUCAUUGAAAGUAUCCAGUUAAUCGGAAUGUUAACAUCACUAAUCAAGAACUGACCUGAAUCUUGAGUGUUUUUUUUUGCAGAAAUCAAACAUUUCAUUUUUGCAGUUUCAUUGAUAAAGUAACUCAUUUUGCAGUGGGCAUUUUGUAUUGGAGAAUGUUCAGAGAAAAGUCGUAAUUGAUCAUGAGACUUGGACGUUGAAGUUGUGAAGACCAAGGUUGCCAAAUUGAUCUCUUCCAUUGAUGGAGCAUACUGAGAGAGGAUUUUAAGUUACUGGAUUUAAAUAGGCUGAGAGGCAUGGCUGAAUCAUGAUUUUGUUUCACACCAAUCUUCUAAUUCAACUUCACAGAAAAUUCACCAGUUCCAACAAUUCCACCCUUCACUCCAGUGGAAUGUUGGAUAAUAGAAUGGAAUUCUAAUUUCUCUGUUGCUAAUAUAACGAACUUGGAAAAAUUACAGUGAAUGAUUGAUUGGUUAGAGUAAAACAUCUUUUAUAGAGUGCUUUUAGAUUAUUUAUGUUGUGCUUUCUGCCACCUCUGGUCAUCCCAAAGCACUUUAAAAUCAAAUUUGAGUACUUUCAAAGUAUAGCCACUAAAAAAAAUGUAUGAAAUGUGGUAUCCACUUUGCACACCUCAUGUCCAGGUGUUCCUUUUUAAUUUCCAGGGGGGUGGGAGGGAUGUGUGUGGAAAAGAGCAGAAUAGUAUCAUUGGGGUCAAGAUGGGGCCACGGUUUAACUAUCUAAUCUGAAAGACAGCAUCUCCAAUAGUACAAUCCUCCAGUGUUUGUGUCUGGAUUGGGGUUUAAAACCACAUAUGUCUGACUGAGAGAUAUCUCUUAACAGAACUGGACAUUAGUAAAUACGUAUAUAUUUGGGUAUUUGUUGUUUAAGUAUGUUUUCCGAUAUUGUCAAGAAACUGUACAUGCAGAGCAAGUGAUAAUUCAUCUGUAGAAUACAACAGCUUGGGUUUGAGCAAUGUCUACGUUCUUGUUCAUUUGUGGAAAUAGUGAAAUCGUGGAAAAUGCCAGCUUUCAAAACUGUCACCUUUUGGUCAUUCAUCUGGAAGCUUAAAUGAAUUGUUAGCAUUCCGGAUAAUACUGAUUGUGUGAUACAUUCCAUAGAUGUUUGUACUCCUAGUAAAUUAUCAUACUAUCUGCUAAUUUAACCCUGUAAAUGCAGAUUUGUACAACGAGACCAGGGUCAUUGGUAAAUUUGUGCCACAGAUGUCCAGACUAAUGCACAGCCAAUUUUAACAGUUAUCUCUCAGUAAACAUGAGCAAAUGUUAGUACCAAAACAAUGUCACAUUUUUGUAUUAUAAUGUGCACAGACAUGAAAAAAAGAGCCAUUUUCAUUUUAUUCAGAAUUUUAAUAUUUACUAAAAGGCUGCUUGUGAAUUACUUUGUUACACCUCCUGCCCUGUGCUGUGGCGUACAAGGAUCUGAGAACAAUCUGCAAGGCAGCAUGUGUGGGAUUCUGGGCAAAAGAGGCAUUUGUAGAAACAUGGAAAUAUCAUUCCAUGGCUUCAAGAUUGCAUUUGGAUCACAAAUUUGGCCUUUUUGUUAAUAACUUUGUGCAAGUCUCUAUCCAAAUGCAGAAAUAUUUUAGAGUAAAUUUCUGAUUUGCAUAUUAAAGUUUGCAUUUGUUUGACACUUUUUCUUUCCUCAGGAUGCUGCUAUUAAUGCAGUUUAAAUGUGGUCACUAUUGUCAAGUUGGCAAAAAUGACACCAGUCACUUUGCAAAACAUUGGGUUCCACAAAUAGCAACGGGAAUUCAUCUGUGUUCUGAUUGUUGUUUUGAAAAAAGAGUAUUGGCAGGACAAGUGAAAAAUUCACCACUGUUUUCCAAGUGGUGCUGUGGGUCUAUCAGUUCCUGCUGAAUAGGCAGAUUGGUCUCUGAAAGAUGGUACCUCAGGCAAUGUAGCAUUCUAAGUGUCAAUUUUGAUGAUAUGCAAUCGGGUUUGAACCAACCUACUGAAAUGAGUUGCUACAAAUUGGGUCAAAUUAACAGUUUAGCAUUCCCAUUAGCUGUUGAAGGCAAUUUUAAUGCUGAGGAAUGUAAACGAAUCUUGCACUGAUAAAUUAAUAGUGAGUCAUUACACUUUGCAGGCAUGAUAUAACUUGCAGGUAUGAUAUAACGAUCAUAGAUAUUGAGCUACGUAAAACACAUGAAUCCUAAUCUCUCCGCCAUUUUAGGUGAAGUUUCUGUAUUGUCUCAUCUGUAAGAUAAAACUUCUAUUCCUAUUUCUUGCAUUUCCUUUGGGAGCCAGCAAAAGCUGCAAUACAGAAAAUGUCAGUGAAAGUAGAUGGGUUAAAGCGUUUUGUUAAUUAAGGAUCCUCCUCCCUUUUCCUUUUAAAAUGAUUUUUUUCCCAUGAAAAUUAUUGGAAAAUGUUUGUCUCGCUGAAUAUAAAAGUUGACCAGUUGGUGCAUUGAAGAUAACCCCAUGCUAGUCACUUUGUAUGGAGGAAAGCGCUUUUAAAUUUAAAAAUCAAGUUAACUGAAGAAAUGGAACAAGAUUUGGUAUGAAUUUUGUAUAUUUUUUCUAAUCAUGGCUGAUUUUACAGAAAGCUUCAGUGAUUGCUAGAAAAUUACCAAAUUGAGAAAAUGCCAAGGGCAUUAAAUGCUUAUAGGAUUAGCUGUUGCUGCCAGCCAUCUUAGAAAAUAAAUGUUAAUUUUAUUUUUUAAUAUUUUGAGGAACAUUGUUCUACAGAAUCAAUGCAGUAAAAACACUCUUAGUAUCUCAUAGUUAACAGAUAUUGAUACUAAAGAUGCUAAACUUUAUUCACUGGGUUUGAAUUUAGAUACAAAUGAAGACAAACCGUGUAAACACUCGAUGCCUUUGUAAACUGUAUAAACUGUAUUUUAGCUCAAAUUGCUUUCUAUUAUGUUUUAUGUAUAUAUGUUUUUAUAAAUAUCAACGUGUACUUUAUCUGGAUUAUAGUAGUCUGUAUUUAAUGUCUUCUGUUUGUAUAAUUCUGUACUUAUGAGAUGCUGAAUAGUGGGAUACAGUUUUUUUUUGCCAGCUCUUGACACAUGGAAUGCAUUAUUAGUUUAAUCCAGAAACCAGGCUUUGCUACAUGCUUCAGUCCCAUCUCACCAAACCCUAUCCUCUCCAACCAAAUCCUCUACUGUGUUUUACCCAUACCUCAACGUGUAGAUACAUCAUAAUUGCAUAGCCAUAUAGAAUCUGCAGUGUAAGUAUCAUAUAACCUGGAAAGCAUUUGUAUUGUUUUGUAUUCUGACAUUGUACAAGAGCUUACACACUUUCUCAAUCUGAUAAUAAAAAAAUCGAAA